AUGACCCAGCCUGCCCUGGACCAGCUCCGCCACCAAUUCCUCCUGCCAGCCCACCUUCCCCUGGUGGUCCGUGGUGAUAUCAACCGCCCUGACAUUCACUAUCUGGUCCAAGCACACCCCCCUAGGCUCUCUGGCGCCCGCCGCUUCCAAUAUCUUUUGAACCUGAUCCGUGAUGCACGCCAGGCCGGGCAGAUCCCCCCUAGGGGUCAGGUGAUCAUCUACCUUCCCUAUAAGGGCAUGGUGGAGGAGUUCCAUCAGGCCUAUCCCCAGGAGACAGCCUAUUUCCAUGCCAGCAUGCCAGAGGAAGACAAGACAAGGCAGGUGGAGAGCUUUGACCAAGGGCAGAAGCUCGUGCUCCUUGGGACAGCUGCCAUCGGGGGAAGGAUAUGA